AUGACUGAUAAAACUAAAAAAGUAAAGGUUACGAUUGAAACUGCACCCGAGUAUUUAGACAAAAUAAUGAAUGCUAUUAAUUCAGUAAAAUCAAAUUCUGUUAUUAGAAUAAUCGGUGAAACACUUAAACCGAUGAUACCAAUGCUAGAAUCAGCAUUAGCAUUAAUAGAUGAAAUAACACAAAUAUUUGAAAAAGCUCAAUGUAAUAAAAAUAUUUGUAGAAUAUUAAAAGAUCGUAUUAUAGCUGCAGAAGCUGUAAUAAAACUUUUACAGCAAAGAAUAGAAAAGGGUGAAAAACUUGAUAAAGUUUAUCAACAAACUUUUUUAAGAUUCAAAAAUUCAUUAGAAAAUAUUAAAAACUACACUGAAGAAGUUUCACAAAUUCAAGGCAUUAAACGAUAUCUUAAUGUUCAUGAAAUUAAGGAUAAAUUUAUUCAAUUAACCAGUGAAUAUGAUACUUGUAUAAAAGAUUUAAACUUUACGAUGAAUGUUUCAUAUGAAGAACAAAGAAGAAUAGAUCAAAAAUGUUUAGAAACAGACAUUAAUCUAAUGAAAGAGUUUUUAGAAAAAAUUCAAACAAUAUUUGAUGAAAAUUUUAAACUCCUUUCACAAGAAGUGAACGUUCGAAAUCCAGAACUUAAAGGUUAUAAAUACAAUCCAGGUAUAAAAGUCCAUGAAAUUGAUCCGGCUAUGAUAAAAAACCCUGCUUUGGGCAGUGAAUCAGAUAGCCGAGGUAAAUUAAAGAAAGUAGUAAAAAGAAUAAUUAAAGAUGGAGUAGAAAUUGCGUGUAAAAAAAUUGAUAUCCCCACUGAAAUAGCAGCUAGCGAAGAAUACCAAAUGAGUCUCCGUUAUUUACCUAUAUUAGAAAAGUUAGGGCACGAUCAAUUUUCAACAGAUAUUGGAAAUAAAUAUUUAGACCUUCUUAACUGGAUGGCUCCAGAAAAGAUGCAAAAAUACAAAAUAAUUGUAAGUGGGAAAUCUCCAAAAACAGAUGCUGAAUUAUUCCCAUAUACACAAAAAUAUUCGGAAAAUGAUUUGAUUCAAAAAAAUCUCAUAGUUAUCAUCGAAAAAGCAUGGGAACACAAUCCAGAUGUAAGAACGAGUCUUGAACAACUUUAUAUAGAUGUAUCAAACUUGUCUAAAAAAGUCAUUCCGGGUAAAGAUCCUGCCCUUUUAACCAUAAACAAACUUGAUGGCUCCCAUGAGGAUUCAACCAAUGAAGAAUCAGAAUUCAAUGAUCUUUAUAUCACUGAUUAUUCAGGUUUUGAAUUUGAACAAAUUCCAUUAGUUGAAGAAGGUAUAAAAUUACAUAACACGAAAAAUAAAGAAAAUAGAAAAAAGGCCUGGGAGUGUUUUAAAGCUAAUGCUGAAUCAAAUAAUGUGGCUGCAAUCUACUGGAAAGGGUAUUAUUUACAAGAAGGUCAUUAUACUGAUGAGAACAGAACUGAAGAACAAAAGAAACGUGAUAAAGAAGAAGCCAUGAAACUUUAUAAAAUUGCUGCUGAUAGAAAUCAUCACGAUGCACAAUUAAGAUAUGCUCAUUCAUUACCAAGAGUAAAAGAGUAUCGUGAUGAAUUUCUUAAAUAUCUAACAUUAGCUGCUGAUAAUGGAAAUGCCGUCGCUAUGUAUACUUUAGCCGAUAUGUAUUUAUAUGGUAAAGUUAUCGAUAAAGAUUUGGAAAAAGGUGAAAGAUAUUUAAAACUUUCUGCUGCUUGCAAAAAUGAUAGGGCUCUUGCAAUGGCACAAAAAUUGG